AUGGCUCAUAUAAUGCGCCGGUUGAGGCCACAGACUCGACUGUUUCUUGGCCUUCAGCGGUCAUUUAGCUCCACAGCAGCCGAGACGGGGGACCCAAACUUUUUGGAGUCCGUUGAUAUUUAUUUCGACAAGGCUGCUGCCAUCUGCCAUGUGCCAGGGGACAUCCUGGGACAGAUAAAGGGAUGCAACAAUGUUCUCAAGGUUCAGUUUCCACUGAAAAUGUCGAAUGGCACAGUCGAGCUUAUCGAAGGCUAUCGAGCUCAGCACUCUCAUCACAGGCUUCCAGGCAAGGGAGGUGUCCGCAUGGCCCCAACUGUGGACGCAGAUGAGACCGUGGCCCUUGCUGCACUGAUGACAUUCAAGUGUGCAGUUGUUGAUGUUCCGUUUGGUGGAGCCAAGGGAGGAAUCAAGAUAGGACCACAAGAGAUGGCGUGGAUCAAGGCUAUUGUCACAGCUAAGGGAAAAAUCACCGCCAUUGCUGAGUAUGAUGGUGGUUUGGUGGAUGAGACUGGGAACGGCCUUGACAUUGAAGGCAUCAAGCUAUAUCAUGCACGGAAUGGCACCAUCACGGGGUUCCCAGGAGCUAAAACUGUCUCUGACCCCUUCUCCAUACUUGAGCUCCCUUGUGAUGUCCUCAUACCGGCUGCACUGGAAGGCCAGAUUCAUUCAGGAAAUGCCAGCCGCAUUAAGGCCAAGGUUGUCGCGGAAGCUGCAAAUGGUCCUGUCACUCCUCCAGCAGAGAAGAUCAUGGAAAGCAACGGAAUAGUUGUUCUGCCAGACCUUUUGCUGAAUGCUGGUGGUGUGACGGUGUCCUACUUCGAGUGGCUGAAGAACAUCAACCACAUUCGCUUCGGGAGGAUGAGCCGGCGUAUGGAAGAACGGGGCAAACAGGCCUUGCUGGAUGCUUUGGAGAAGGAGAUUGCCACCGGUAUAAAAUUCACUGACGACACACGUCGUUCCAUCAUUAAAGGCAACACUGAGGAGGAUUUUGUGUGGUCUGGCCUUGAGGAGACAAUGAUAAAUGCCUGGGACGAAGUCAAACGCGUUGCUGAAGAAAGGGAGUGCAACUUCCGCACAGCCUCGUAUGUGAUUGCCAUCGAGAAGAUUGCCACAUGUUACCGUGUCAGUGGAAUCUUUCCCUGA